UAUAGCACUUCACUACACUGUAGUGUGUGUGUCUGGUCAGCUGCGAUUGUCAACAACCUACUUUGGACUCUGACGGGCUGGGCAAGCCUGCAUGAGCACUGAUUCAAUGUCGCAUUGGAGUUCGGCUAUGUCUUUGAGCCCCAAGCAUACUACACCCUUUUCUGUGACGGACAUACUAAGCCCCCUGGAUCACGAAACCUACAAGAAGACGACCAUCGAAGCAGCGAUUCCUCCACUGACCCCUUACCGAAACAGUCAGCACCCCCAAGCCAUGGCAGGGAUGGGGGGCAUGGGAGCAAUGGGCGGCAUGAGCGUGCCCGUGACGAACCCCUACCACAACUACGUACCGCCGCUGUCGCACCACACCGCCUCGUUCCCCACCCAGUACUGCAAUGGUUCCGAACUGGCGUACGGAGACCCUUCAAGACAUUCUGCAGCAUCCUGGUAUGGUGCUAAUCCAGACCCCAGAUUCGCAUUCUCGCGUCUGGCGAUGAACCCUAGCUCGUGCGCGAUGUCGUCCAUGUCGAUGUCGGGCGGGAUGAACCCAGGACUCGGGCUCGACCAACACAACCCCCGGGGAAUGCAGUUCCCGCUCACACAACGGCGGAAAAGACGCGUGCUCUUCUCACAGGCUCAGGUAUAUGAGCUUGAGCGGAGGUUCAAACAGCAGAAGUACCUGUCAGCUCCAGAACGUGAGCACCUCUCGAGCAUGAUCAACCUGACCCCGACCCAGGUGAAGAUCUGGUUCCAGAACCACCGCUACAAGUGCAAGCGGCAGCAGAAGGACAAGGAGAAGAUGGACCAGACGAGCAAGGAGCCCGGAAGUCACGACUCUCAGAGUCAGCGGCAGUCUCAGAAUUCAUCCGGGUCCUCGUCCCAGAGCUCCCAGCAGAGCUCCAACUCGCAGCAGACUGGGGGAAGCAGCAAUUCCUCUCCGCGGAGAGUCGCCGUCCCUGUGCUCGUCAAGGACGGGAAACCGUGUUCGAACUCUAACGGCAGUGAGACGGGUUCCGGUGGUGGCGGGAAUCAGCAGGUGCAGGUGUCGUCUGCUCACCAUCUGGGCACGUCGCAGGUGUCGGCGCAGCAGCAGCAUGUGCAGAACUCGUCUAUUCAUUCCUCGUGCGCCGUGACGUCUGCUAAAAACUUAGUUCAUUCCAAUUCUUUGGGAUCUCCGACGUUAUCGGAAAUAUCUGGAACAUUAUCUCAGAACUCGUCAUCUCACAGCACCAUGAACAAUCACUCAGGUCUUCACCACAGCCUUGGAUACCCCUCGGCCAGUAUGAAUGGACCCUCCCUUACCUCAUCCCCUUACCUGCUCAACGGACGCACAUGGUAACAGGUUCCUGUUCGUUAUCAGUCAUAUUCCAUGUUUUUAUAUGUCUGACCUAAUGGUGCAUUUGCUGGACGUGGUGUUUCUGACCAGUGUAGUAUUGAUAAUAUAUGUACUGUGGUCUUAUGUCGACUGUUCCGGACAUAACCCGCAACAGCCAAGAACUAUCUAUUAAAACAUUUCUUUAUAAUAUUAAAUUUAAAACAAGCAGUUAUCGUGUUCAUAGAUUCACUCUACCAGUACAC